ACUAGAUUCUUUGUUAUCACAGUCUUGAUUCGAGGUAACUUUGAUCUUUACGUAAAUGAUGCAAACCGCUUCAUUAACGAGAUAUUCUGGAAAAAUACGGCUCAGUCGAAAAGCGAGUACGCGAUAACGCCCCACCGUCGCGAUAGCGUGCACGACUAUGCAUUGGUUCCGAGGACGGGACACCAGUUGUUCAACCUCUCUAAUUGGUACGCGAAUAAAUCGGAUGAUUAUCCUGAUAUACAGCUCUUCCUGUCAAGCAUAACGGAUGAAGCCGACGGCGGGAUUUUCGUAAGUAGGGUCAACAAUGUGAACAACGACUUCUACGCGGAAAUGUACGAGAAUAUAAUUUAUGAGCCUUCGUACGGUUCCAUUCCCCUUUUGCUAAGACCUCGUAGUAGAGGGUACGUGAAAUUGCGCUCCAGCGACGUAGACGAGCUUCCGAUGGUUGUACCCAAUUACUUCCACGAUCCACAUGACCUUAACGUUUUGACGAUCUAUCAUCCGUGUGGGACUUGCAAGAUGGGCCCAGCGACUGACAAGAUGGCCGUCGUGGAUCACAGACUUAAAGUACACGGAAUUAAGGGACUGCGAGUGGUUGACGCGUCGAUUAUACCGAAUAUUACCUCUGGAAACACGAAUGCGCCGGUUAUUAUGAUUGCCGAGAAAGCUGCAGACAUGAUCAAGGAGGACUGGAAAUAGUACAUAUAGAUAUUAUAGAUUGAGCUUAACCGUGUCGAAUUGUCGAAAUGGAAAAUCUUGAUGCUAAAGAAAAUCUUGAUGACGCUAAAGAAAUUGUGAUUUCUCGAAGAAAUUGUCUAUACUGUUUUCAAUUACACAUGGUCAAAGCUCAAAUGAUAAAGUGAUAUCUUGAUUCAAUAUUUAAAAAGACGUUCUAUUAUUUGAUUUUAAUAAAUUGCAUUCUAAUAAAUAAUCUCAUAUUAUGGGUGAAGGUAAUCAAUUAUUAUAAUAUUUUAAGAAGAUAUUUUGUUAAUAGCAAUUUGUUAAUCGCAAAUAACUCCAUCUAUUUCAAAUAAUGAAGAAAUCGAUAUAUUAUUCUAUCAAGAAAAUAAUCUGAUUAGUGAUAAACUUAUUGUUUGCAAGCUAUCCCACAGUUUAAGACGUAAUAUUCUGUUUCAAUUAAUAAAAUUUGUUCCUGACAUAAUAAAGGAUUGAAAAUAAAUUAAACUGUCAUGUAAAGAUGGCUACAUUCUUUUACGUAGACCUGUCGGUAUUUGGAAGUGAUUUUCGUGUCACAGAAUUCAUUGUUAUAACGAAUUUUUCUACGAUGAUGCUUAGGACAAUUUGAACCAAUUUCAAUUACAUAAUUGGUGGCGAUCGAGGUUCAAAGGGAAUUGAUUUAGUUUAUAACACGGUGAAUUUUGAAAAGGAAGAAAAAUCGAAAAUGUAUUCUGAUUUACAAUUAGUUAGUUAAUGCAAGUUGACAAAGAAUAAUACAGAUUUGAUCGAGGAUAGUUCUAAAUAUCCUAAGUGCUAGGUCUUUACUUAGUAUGAAGUAUUUUUAUUUCGAGAUUAAUUUUUGGUAACAUUGAAAUUUCAUGAUUUAAGAUUGGAAUCUUUUGAAAUCGAAGAUCGAUAGAUGGAAAUCUCUUUAAUGAUGUGUCGGAAGCGCCAGCAACUUGAUACAUAUGUAUACGUCAAUAAAAUAUUUUAAUUAAUAUCA